CGAUCUAAUCGGUCCAUUCUUAAACACUUGCAGCGCUUUGCUAGCGCAACCCUGUUCAUCGCAUUGGUUCAUGUUAUAGAAAAUACAGUUCGUUUUAUUUAUUAAGGCUUCGAUGAUGCAAAAAACAAACAGAAAAUGUCACUUUUUCUUUGGUUUUGAAUAAAUCCAAGUUGUGUUUUAACACGAACACAUUUGUGAACUAGCACUAUGCAGCCGAUUAAACCUAGCAGCUGCUGCUAGCUUGCUAAACUGACCGGUGAUCAUGGAUCUGAAUUUUUACCCCGAUCUCUCUGACGGGUCUGGUCAGCAUGUGGAUUCAGAGUUCAUGGAUAACUCGUCUUACAAUGGAUACGAUUCCGUGAACAAAUUUGCAGGUGGCAGUGAUUCAUACCUCACCAUCAGCGGGCCUGGCCAUCAUUUUCUUUCAUCUGAGCAAACGUUCCAUACACCCAGUUUGGGAGACGAAGAGUUUGAAAUCCCACCCAUCUCCCUAGAUCCAGAUUCUGCUCUCACCAUAGAGGAUGUGGAAGCUCAUUUCGGAGAGCUGGCCGAACAGGCCGGGAGCUCGAGGGGUCCUGGAGUCGGAAGUGGUCUCGCUAGAAAUUCUGUGGUGGGGGGGAACGAUCCCUCUUUUGCAUCGACUUUCAUGAAUCCAUCAUCUCGGGGGAUGGACCACCUGAAUUUGAGUGUCAUUAACCAGUCAGGGGAAAGUGCUCUACUGAGCGCAUCUCUGGGUGUGGAUCUGGGGCAUUCGGUUGGCUCCCAUUUCAAUAGUUCCUCCUCCAUGACUAUUGAUGUUCCAUUAAACGAUAUGAACCACAGUCUCCUAGGACACAACCAGCUCACUACCAUAGACCAUUCAGAUCUAAGUGCUCAUUUAGGGCUCAGCCUUGGUGGUGGAGCCGGCGUGUCAAAGUCACCUGACCAGCCGCUGUCAACCACGCCAUCUCCUUCUGGCUCGCUGCAGGAUGAAGACAUGGAAGACUUUAGACAAAAAACCAUGCUGGUGGACUCCUCCGCGAUCAUGACCCACGUCUCAAGCUUGACGGGUUCCGUGCAGAUCUCCAGCGCUCCUCCAGCUGUCGUGAGAAGGAUGGGUGGCAAGCCGACCAUGGUGCCCGGGACUAAUGUAGACGUGGGAACGGUGCUUGGUCCUAAGAAAGGGCGGAAGAAAAAAGAUCCUAAUGAACCGCAGAAACCGGUGUCCGCUUAUGCUCUGUUCUUCAGAGACACCCAGUCGGCCAUUAAAGGCCAGAACCCAAAUGCCACGUUUGGGGAGGUGUCGAAGAUCGUGGCAUCCAUGUGGGACAGUCUCGGAGAAGAGCAGAAACAGGUGUACAAGAAGAAAACUGAGGCAGCGAAGAAAGAGUAUCUUAAAGUGUUAGCCGCCUACAGAGCAAAUCAGCUCUCCAAGCCCUCACCCGAGCUGGAGGAUAAUGCUCCCUCCACUCCUCCAUCCGCCCCCUGUCCCACACCCGUCGCCACUGCCCCUUCCCGUCCCGCACGAAUCACCCCCACCCCUGACCAGAACACCAUCACCAACAUCUGCACGUCCAACAUCAUCCUCGACCUGCCUCAAGUCACCACCCGCUCCCGCACGGGCUCUUUACCCCUGACCAUCGGUCAACCCCUGCCCACUAACCCCAGCCCAGCACCCACCGUCACCAAAAUCAUCAUCUCCAAGCAAAUGUUACAGGGAGGCGCACAGCUCCAUCAGAUCCCCACGUCCAUGGUGACGGUGAUUCCAGCUGCGAUACGAUGCGUGCAGCAGUCCGCUGGCCGGCAGCCUCCACCGCUCCAGCAGAUGCAGGGCACCCCUCCUCCACCGCGUCUGCAGCAGAUGGUACAAACGCAAUUCCCGCCUCCUCUCCAGCCCAAGCCCCACGGAGGGGCGGGAAGUUCUUUGGCUGUCACUGCUACGCCGCCGCCUCCUCUCCAGAUAAAGAUUGUCCCUGCUUCUUUACAUUCUGACUUGUCCGCGCCGAUUAUUGUGACUACAGCAACAAGUGCCAACCCUGUUAUUUCCUCGUCCAGCCUCGCCGCCUCGACACAUUCCACACCUGUCGAGUUGCAGGUGGACCAACCAGUCACCGGGGAAAAUGAGAUCGUGACGGAGGAACUCGCCUCAGAGGAGAUGGAGAUGGAGGUCAGCGUUGCUCCCGCAGCCUCCUCUUCUGGUACUAAUAUCUGCGUCCGUGCAGGAUGCACAAACCUGGCCGUGGACAGUCGAGACUGGGAUAAGGAAUAUUGCAGCAACGAGUGUGUAGCCUCACAUUGCAGGGACAUUUUCAUGGCCUGGUGCUCGAUAAGGGGCCAGAACUCAGCCGCUGUCAAAUAAAUGAAACGUUUCAAUCUUUUGUAAGUCAAGAUGAUGGAAUUCUACUGGAUCUAUGGAUCAACUGUAGUGUUUUGUUCCAUUUAAAGUGUGGAAUCAACGGUGGAAAAAAAAGAGUCUCUUUUCUUCUAUUGUAAACGGACAGCGUUUGUUACAGCAGUGGAAAUCUAAGGCAGUCAAGUGUGUUUGGGUUAAAUGUAUAACUGAUUAUACUUUGCAGAGCUCAUGUUGUGACUGAAGGCUUUGUUUCUCCAUUGAAGCUGUUUGAUCAUGACCUACAUUGAGUAUUGUACUUUAAUCAGACCUUGCUGCAGUGAUUUAUUUUUAUAUACACACAUCGCUAGUAUUUGCGUAAAAGUGAGAAAUCGUCACAAUUAUGCUUCAGACAAGUUUGAGAUGUAGAAGAAUAAUGAAUACUUAGUUUUGUUUUUAUAUCAUUUACACAUUUUGUGUUGAGAGUGUCUUAGAUAUACCUGGAGAUGCUCUCGUGUAAAAUCUCAUGGGCUUUUGUUUUGAAAAAAAAUCUGUUGCUGACUUUUUAAUGGUGUAACUCGAGUAUUAAUAAAGUGCAGCCAAAAGUGAA